ACGCCCAACGCCACAGAUAUAUAAAGUAGUUAAAAUUUCAUUUGAAAAAAUCCUUUGAAACCCAUCGUUUCUUCAAAUACGUCUUAGAAUUCAUCAUUGUAUACACUAUAUUUCAGGGGAGGGUUUCUAGGGUUUGUAAAAGCCUCAACCAGGAGCAGCAGCCAUGGCGAAGAAGCGAAAGGUUCAAGAGCAAGCGUCCGUAAAAGUCGAACCACAAGAAAGUGAACAGAACAACAAUGGGGACGAGGGGGAGGGAGAAAUUACAAAGCUGCUGGAGCCCUUUAGCAAAGAUCAGCUCAUCGCCAUACUUUGCGAGGCCGCCAUGAAAAAACCAAACACACUGAAAAGCAUUCGAAAGCUCGCAGACAAAGACCUCGCGCACAGGAAAAUCUUUGUCCACGGCCUCGGCUGGGACGCCACAUCGGACAUCGUGAAAGCGUCCUUUGCCGAACACGGCGAGAUUGAGGACUGCACAGUCAUCAACGACAAAGCCACCGGGAAAUGCAAGGGCUACGGCUUCGUUACCUUCAAGCAUAUGGACGCCGCGCAGAGGUCUUUGAAGGAGCCCACCAAGAAAAUCGGCAGCAGGAUGGUCAACUGUCAGAUGGCCUGCACCGGCCCGACGCCACCCCAGCCAGUGAAGGACUUCGUUGGACGGAAAAUUUAUGUGAGUCCCGUUCCUGCUGAUGUAAGUGCUGAUAAGCUUCUGAAGCAUUUUGUAAAGUAUGGGGAAAUAGAAGAAGGGCCGCUAGGGUUUGAUAAGCAGUCCGGAAAAUCGAAAGGGUAUGCUCUUUUUAUUUAUAAGACAGCGGAAGGUGCCAGAAAGGCUCUGGAGGAGCCCAACAAGACUAUUGAUGGCCAUGCCAUGAAUUGCAAGCGAGCCACCGAGAAUAAAAAGCAGAAGAGUAAUGUGCCGUCUUUGGUUACAGGGCCUCUGGACCCUAAUGAUCUUGCUUUGACCCACGGUAAGGGUUCGAUUCUAGGGUCUGCCGCGGCGGCCCAGGGUUUAUUGGGCGGGGCAUUUCCGUUUAAUCAGGGAUUCAAUGCUGCCUUUUUGGCUAGUCAAAAUCAGAACUUUGGUGGCUUGAACACGGGGCUUGUUGGUUCCAUUAAUCCUUCCCUGGUGGCUUCCUUGAAUCCGUCUUCGCUGGGCUCUGGCAGUGGUUAUGGAACCCACCCGAGCAUUGGGGGUUAUGGUGCUGGAGAGGGCAGUGUUAAUGCCGGGGUGCAUGGGCUUUACGGUUCGCAGGCGGGAGCUCUGCAAGGUGGAUUAACUGGCUAUCAAACUUCGCAGUUGAGCCAAUCUGCCGCUUUGCCUAGAACGUCGCAGGGAGGAGGCAGCUCGUUGGGAGGAAUGCCAUCAUACCUGCCAUAUUAGGAUCUGCUAUUCUUCUACGCAAUGACCAUAUUUAUGAUGAGGCUGCCAAGUUUGGCGUGGACAUAUCCUUUUGCUGAUAAAAGAAAUUUUCAGUCGCAGAUGCCUCGAUAAGGAGGGUUUUCUUCCUUACAAUUAAAAAAAAAAACUUCUGCCUUUUCACACUGCAUUUUCUGCCUCUGAUACUGGCAAUAUUGAUGGAACAUUUCAACGAUGCACCUCCAAAUAUUAUUGUUCGGGGGAUUUUUUGGGAUAUCAGAGGCAGAAGGAUUCUGCAAUUUUUGUGACAACCUGCCAUAUUUGGAACAAGAAAGGAGAUAUGAGUAUGAACUUUUUGUAUUAAGAGGGUGAGAUUUUAGACUUCAUAAUUUUAUUAUUUCCAACGGAAGGACUCUGGCUGGUUUCGCACUAUGGUUUUACUUUUAUUGAUUUUGUGUAUUGUAUCUGCAUUUGUAGAGGUGCCAAUCUAAAAAUAAACUUCUAAGCCCAAGUAAUAUAAUAUUGUCGCUGCUUUUUUCAAAACAGCCAAAA